CUGGUCCAUGGUCAUUCCCAGAAGUUGCAGCUUCAUUUGUCUGUAAUUCUUAUCAGCUUGGUCCAUGACCAUGUCCAUGUCCAUGUGCCCAAAUUACUGCGUCGCGCAAUCGCUGUCAAUGGUAGCCUUAAUUCCUCCAGGCACAAGUCAUAUUCACCUUCUCUUCUUCAUUCUGAACAUAAAACAAGACCUGGCCACUGGUUGACCGAAGGGUAGGUGAAGAAUACACGAGGAGCACAUUUCUGUUGUUUGCCAUGUUCAUUCAGGGAACCCAACAGCAGAAGCACCCAACAUUCCCUGCCAGAAGUCUUGGCAAGAGCUUCAAUGGAGAAGCUCGACGCUUCAGCCCGCCUCAUGAUCGUCUCGGAUCUUGAUCAGACCAUGGUUGAUCAUGAUGAUCCAGAAGACUUGUCCUUGCUCAGUUUUGAGGCGCUCUGGGAGGCCGAGUUCUCCCAUGAUUCUCUUCUGAUCUUCUCAACCGGGAGAUCGCCUAUCAGCUACAAUGAUUUGAGGAAAAACAAGCCUCUGAUCACUCCCGACAUCACCAUCAUGUCUGUGGGGACUGUGAUAGCUUAUGGCACCGACAUGGUUCGCGAUUCUGACUGGGAGGAGCAUUUGAACAGGAACUGGGACCGAGAUAUCGUCGUCGAGGAGGCGGCAAAGUUCCCUCAGCUGAAGCCUGAGGCAGGUUUCUAUCUCGUUGCAUGCAUGAUCAUGUUCGCCUUUUGUUUUCCAGAGAAGGAUCAGGGUCCCCAUAAGGUUACAUUUUUGGUUGACAAGCAAGGUGCUCAGGAAGUAAUGCAUGCUCUUCCUCACAACUUGAAGAAACGUGGGAUACAUGUAAAAAUAAUCUUCAGCUACGGUGUGCUUAUUGAUGUGGUGCCGCAAGGUGCAGGAAAGGGGCAGGCUCUUCAGUAUUUGCUGAACAAGUUCACUUUACAGAGGAAAGCACCCAACAAUAUUCUUGUUUGUGGUGACUCCGGAAAUGAUGCAGAAUUAUUCAGUGUCCCAUCAGUCCAUGGCGUUAUGGUCAGCAAUGCCCAAGAGGAGCUUCUUCAAUGGCGCGAAGAAAAUGCCAUGUGCAAUCCCAAGAUAAUUCAUUCCACUAAGAGAUGUGCAGCCGGUGUCAUGCAAGCUAUUGGACACUUCAAACUAGGACCCAAUGUUUCUCCUAGGGAUCUUGAACUCCCUCAUCCAAAGUUAAGUAUCAUCAAUCCUGCAGAUUUGGUGGUCAAGUUCUACGUUAUCUACGAGAAGUGGCGGAGGGGCGAAGUUGAAAAGUCCUCAUCAGUAAUACAGUACUUGAAAAGCAUUGCUCAUUUGAAUGGAACAAUUAUUCGUCCUUGUGGAUUGGAGCAUUCUCUUCAUGCAUCCAUUGAUGCACUGCGUUCAUGCUAUGGUGACAAAAAAGGCAAGAAGUUCCGGGCAUGGGUGGACAGACUUGUUACAUCACCGAUGGCGAUGGGUACAAGUAACUGGUUGGUUAAGUUUGACAACUGGGAAAUGGAAGGAGAUGCUCGGUAUUGCUGCCACACAACUUUUCUGCUGAAUAUGAAGUCAGACACUCCUGAGGGAUUGGAGCUGGUACAUAUCGACAAGUCCUGGCUUGAAGGACACUCUGCAGCAAUUGAGCACGCAUUCAUCUUAUAAAUCACUUUGUCAGUUGGCAACGUGCACAUGGCAAUUAACUCUCAAGAAGGAGGUUUGGAUGCUACCGGAAAAACCGUAUAUCAACAAAUCGUUCAAGGAUUCUAUCUGGUUAAGUUCAUGAGAUCCAUAAUAAAAUAAUCUGAAGAUUUCUUUCAAUGAUCUUGCCUCAAAUUUCUGUUUAGAUUCUCACAUCAGUCGUCUCCUGCCUCUGCUUUUACAUAUACUAGGAAAUAUGCCCGUGCGUUGUAACGGGACGUACAUAUUCAGAGAAUUGACCAUAGCAUCAUAUAUUUAAAAAUAGCUACCAUAAUAAUAUCUCAAUCAAGCAAUUUAUACUUCAGAGAAUUAACGUAGCAUCAUACAUUUUAAAAAUAACUGUCACAAUCAUAGCUCAAUCAAGAAGGUUUGCGAUUUAGUUAUAAAAAAAUGUUGGUACCAUGUUAAUAA